AAUAGGCAUUGCAAUUCCAAUUUCAUAGAAGUUGCAAAGCAAACACAACACAGCACAUAGCUUUCAGAACUUGUCACGCAAUUCUCGCCGUCGACGAACAUGGCAUCGCGAGUCAGCAUUGGCAACCUCACCGCCACCAAGCCACCGUAUGCUAUUAAUUCUCCUCGUUUUUGUUCACCGCAUAAAUCUUCUAACGCUCUUUCUCACCAAAACGCUGCGCAACACAACGACGUCAUGCUCCAAAGAACCGUGCUCGUAACCGGUGGAGCCGGAUACAUCGGAAGCCACACCGUUCUUCAACUACUCCUCGGAGGUUUCGCAACCGUCGUCGUCGACAACCUUGACAAUUCCUCCGAGGUUGCCAUCCGAAGAGUCCGGGAACUCGCAGGCGAGUUUGGGAAUAACCUAUCCUUCCACAAGGUGGACCUACGGGACAGAGAGGCUCUAGAGCAAAUUUUUGUUUCUACACAGUUUGAUGCUGUCAUACAUUUUGCUGGACUGAAAGCAGUGGGAGAAAGUGUGCAAAAACCUUUACUAUAUUACAACAACAACUUGACUGGGACAAUCACUCUAUUGGAAGUCAUGGCUGCCCAUGGAUGCAAAAAGCUUGUGUUCUCGUCUUCAGCAACUGUAUAUGGUUGGCCAAAGGAGGUUCCGUGUACAGAAGAGUUCCCUCUGUCAGCGAUGAAUCCAUAUGGCCGAACUAAGCUUAUUAUUGAAGAAAUUUGUCGGGAUGUCCACCAAGCGGAGCCAGAUUGGAAAAUAAUAUUGUUAAGGUAUUUCAACCCAGUUGGUGCACACCCUAGUGGUUAUAUUGGGGAGGAUCCUCGUGGAAUUCCAAACAAUCUCAUGCCAUUUGUUCAGCAAGUAGCAGUUGGCAGGCGACCUGCGCUGACAGUUUUUGGAAAUGAUUAUAAUACAGUUGAUGGCACUGGGGUUCGGGAUUAUAUUCAUGUUGUUGAUUUAGCAGAUGGGCACAUUGCCGCAUUACUUAAACUAGACGAACCUAAUAUAGGUUGUGAGGUUUAUAACCUGGGAACAGGAAAGGGAACAUCGGUUUUGGAGAUGGUUAGGGCUUUUGAAGCUGCAUCUGGAAAGGUAAUAGAAUCAUGUUUAUUUUUCUGGUCUUUUAUAUCUCACGUUCCGUUUUUCUCCUUUGCUCAGAAAUCUAUUCGUUUUGCAGUUUGGUGCUAGCAUGUUUGGGCCCUAGGAUAAACUUUUUGACUUGAAAGUGAUCUAAAAUUAUUACUCUAUCUUAAGUUGUGGAUAAGUUGCUUUCGGAAUUUCAAUCAGUUAAUCUCAGUGUCCACAUUUGCUAUAUGGCGUAAUAUAGACAACAAAUGUCAUAAAAUUCAAAUACUUCUCCUCUAAAGAUCAUUUGUUUCCAUUUCAUAUUUAGUUUACAUUCCUAUAACCUAAAACAUCUUGAACUAUGUCAUUUUUAUAUGGCUUUAGCUAUUCUCCGGUGUUUGUAUAUAACUAAUCCUUACAAUUUAUUCAAUUGUUCAGAAAAUUCCUCUUGUGAUGGCUGGCCGUAGACCUGGUGAUGCUGAAAUUGUUUAUGCAUCCACUAAAAAAGCGGAAAGAGAGUUUAAAUGGAA